UCUUGACAGACAAAAAGCUUGCACGUCAUGCUUAUGAAAUUGUUGGGCGGAUCAGUGGAAGACGGUCGGGCAAUCAGUCGAUGGUUAGUGGUGAAGAACUAACUAAAGGGGAUCGGAUCAUGUUUCUUCCCUGUGGUCUUGCUGCAGGGUCAUCUAUAACAGUGUUUAAAGUUGAGUUGCAGGGGCUAAAAUAUGUGGUUGCGGAGGAUCCGCCGAAAAUUUUGCUUCUGAAUCCUCGGUUGAGAGGUGAUUGGAGCCAUCAACCGGUUAUUGAACACAAUACGUGCUAUAGAAUGCAAUGGGGGCGGCUCAAAGGUGUGAUGGUUUACCAUCAAAAGGCGAUGACGACAUGCUUGUUGAUGGAUUUCCGAGAUGCGAAAAAUGGAUGCGUAACGAUGUGGUGGAUUCAAAAGAGUCACGAACAUCAUCAUGGUUCAAAAGGUUUAUAGCACGGGCGCAGAAACACGAAAUGACUUGGCCAUUUCCUUUUGUGGAAGUCUUGCCACUUGCAAUUGCAGGUUCAAAUUGUGAGUGCUUCAUAUGUGAUGAUGACACUUUUACAAGGGUGGAUACCGUCUUGAAAGAACUAAAGAGGGUCCCGCAACAACGAUCCCUUUACAUGGGAAAUCUUAAUCUCUAUCACCGGCCUCUUAGACGUGGCAAAUGGGCUGUCGGUUUUGAGGAAUGGCCAGAAGCAGUAUAUCCACCUUAUGCAAAUGGACGAUAUAUUAUUGGUUUAUAUGUACCAGGAUAUAACUUUAGAUGAGAAGAAGUCAGCAAUUGAUGCGUGGGGGAUUUUGUUUUUUAGUUUAUAUGUACCAUGACUUUGUUGUGAUGUUAUUGUGAAAACUUAUGUAACAUGGAACUGUGCAUUAUGGUGGGCAUGGUCAUGAUUCAUGAAGAUGAACCAUGAAUCCAUGAUUGAUGUUUCUGAGUA